GUAGUAUCUCAGCAGUCAGUCAGCAUCACAAGCAAGAGGUCCUCAGUGAGCAUCUUUUACCUCAGCCUCCCGCUUGUUUCGCAUCUCUGUUAUGACCCUGUUCAGCCCAAGAUACACGAGCAUGAGUGGAGACCUCAAGUCAAGUCGCUCCAGGGCAGCAAGUAAACGGGCUAGCAACACCACUUAUGGCAAUGAGCUGGACUUGGAAGACAGCUACGAGGAUUACUAUGACAGAGUAUAUGACUACCAGCGUGUCCCAGCCUCUCUGUCUCCCCUGCCAUCGAUUGGACCGAGUCUGCCUAAAAGAUCCCGCUCUUCUUCCUACUCCUCCAAACACAGACGCAGUCGAGACAGAACCCACACCAAAGGCUCCAGAGCCCACUCAACUAGUUCCACCACAGCCAAGUUGGACAUGGAGGAGUUGCAGGUGAUUAAAAAGGAGCUGACUAUGAUAAAGACACAGAUCGAUGGGCUUCUUGACAGUCUUGACAGGAUGGACACACACACGAGCAACCACAAAGGCUCCCCUUUGCGGGAAGAAAGUCCAGCUUGCUCACUGUACAGCAGCAGUCCAGAACACUCCCUUUCUUCCCUCUCCCCACCCUGCUCCCGCCAUCGAAUCUACAGAGAGACCUCCGUACCAAGAGGGCCCAAUGAUGACUACCAUAUGAUGAACAAUCACAGCUCAGACCUUGAAGAGGAAAUAUGAGGCCUAAGUGAGACGGCAGAGAAGACAAGGAUGAAGUGACAAACGCUGUGGAAGAGAACUUCAAACGAUCAAGCCAAUAUCUUUACUCUAAACUCCACCGGGAGUGCACAUAUCAAACAAUAUUUGACUGGUAGCUGCAGCUGUAUCUGAAUUAUAUUGAAAAAACACUUGAAAGAAAAUAAAAACAAAGUACUCAUACAUGCAAAAAAAAAAAAAAAAAAAGAAAGAAAAUGUUUUAGGAUGGACUGGACAGGAAGGCGUUCAAUCUUCAUUAUUUCCAGAGUUGUUGAGAAGGACAGCUGGAGACAGAAUUCUGCGUCUGUAUGCAUUCCUAUUGUGCUGUACCAGUGUAUUUGCAUGAACACAAUGGCUCCAGCAAUAAUCCAAAUACAGUAUUGCGGUGUUAAUCCAAAUGAAGAAUUGGAAUCCAUGGGUGCGAACAUAAUGAAGUCUGGUACUCAUUUCUGUUUUUCACAAUCAUUUAAGCCUUCUACUGACAGGGGUUGUAAAAAUGUCAGAGGAGAUCGGACAUGGUCAUUUAUGUAUGUAUUGCUAAAAGGACAAGAAUGUUUCUGCUGUCUCGUGGAUGUUACUUGAGCACAGAUGGGAAAAAUUGUUUAAAAUGGUCCUUAGUUUAGACUCUAAUUGUCCAUUAAACAGAAUGACAAUAACUGAAUAAGCACAUGCUGUUAAAACAAUGUGUACACCUCACAUACUGUAAACCUUAGUAUUUUCAGAUUGCAGUAUGAAUGUACUGUUUGCAUAGAAGCUACUUUGUCACUCAACUCACGCUCCAUACAUUCACGGUGUCAGAGCUUACCGUAUGAGUACGUUAUAGAGAAUCGCCAGGCAUCUACUUAAUGAAGAGGGAAAUUAUCUUAUGCUAUAUGUGUUAGUAUGCCAUUUUGGAGUCAUUUUGGUACUUUUAAAGAAUUAGACAAAUGCUAAAACUCUCUUCCACCAUGACUUUGGCACAGAGCUGUGUCAAAGUGUUGUGAACCAGGUCAAUGUGUAAUAUUGUGCAUUAUUGUAAACUUAACUGUAAGUGUUCAGAUGUGUAACUUCACUUUUGCUUUAUUUUGUACAAAAAAAUCUGGAUAAAAAUCAAUGAUGUUAUUAUGAAUCAUACGGUGUUACAUGUUUUGUUCCCAUUCUUAAGCCAAGUGGAAAAUACUCAUUGUCACUAGUAAAGGUAUUUUCAUAUUGACUACACGGAUCCUGGGAGAGUGUUUUUAAUUCAUCAAAUCAAAAAAGUGAUGGAAUGAAUUACAUUGGUGCCCUGAAAUGUGAGUUUAAUUUGUUCUACACCAGUGUUGUUAUCGUCAUCGAUGACUAUAAUGAAAAUAUUUCGUCGACGGAGAAUUUUUUCACGACAAUGAUGAGACGAUAACGAGCUAAAAACGUGUCUUUGGCGACUAACACAUAACGACACGAAUGCCAGUUUUCGUCUGACGAAACUAAAACGAGACAAAAAUGCACCAUAGUUUCCGUCACAUGUUCACAAUGACAGAUUUUAUCUGUAGUUAGCCUACAUCGUAGCAGUGUCUGGUUGUGUCACUCAUGUGACAUGCUGCGCCCCCCAACUGUCUCACUAGUGUCCUCUCCGGUCUCCCCAUUGCUUGUCUUGAGACGGUCGGAUUUGUCUUCUUAUCUUGGCGAGAAAGAAUAUGGAAUGUUGCUUUAGCCUUUAAAGGUCUGUGCUGAGUGAUCCUCACACACCAAAUGUAACUCAUAGCAUUAGUAUAACAUUCACGUUCGCGUUAGCGUUAGGCUAUUUUAUUUUUUUUCCGGGUAUAAUAGGGUAUAUAUUAAGCUUGAGAACGAUAAACCGAUACGACCACAUAUCCGGUUUUACAGUGAAGAGAUACAGCUGUAUCGAUAGUAAACUUGACAUUCGACAGAAAUUAGCCAUUAAAUAUUCAAUUAACCGAUAGUAGAGAUAGAAUUCGGCUGUCGCGAGCACAAGAAUCAGCUUCUAAUGCCUAGUUCAAUGCAUUGCUUAAUAUGAUAAUAAUUUAGCUUUUACUUCACAUGCUGCGCUUGUGUCAUUCAUCACACAGCGCACUUAGCUUGAGACCAAACGCAUUUAAUAUGGACAAGCUCCACUCACAGUCGUGGAUGCCUCAACUUCCCAUGCAUUUCGGCAGAACCGCAACUAGUCGCCGUCAUUACCCGAUCGUCAUGGGCGUGUCAUAACAACGUGAGAGCUAACAAAACCACUGUAACGCACGCUCCGUAGCGUUUUCUUUACAGCCCAAAACGAAGCUAGUAGUGGCAAUGAAGCAACAUGCUAAAACAAUGGACAGUUUGAGCCAGCGACGUGCAGCGAUUGAUUUUCAACGCACCCAGGAAAACAAAAGUAGGACUUUGAAGUGAAGAAGGGAGCCAGAUCUGUUCGCAUGGGACAGAGCUUGUGUGAAGUGUGGAGCGGUACAGAGAUCGUGAGUUUUUAACCCUGAAAAAUAACCCACAACAAUGGUGGAAAGGGCAGCGCGACCCUGUGGAGAGUUUGUUUCCACGAAACACAGUCUACUUAAACAUGAACUUGUGCAUUAGUUGAUCUUCCACAAGAAAAAUCUGCCCUUCACAAAAGAUAUGGACAGUGAUGAGGAAUAAAAAAUGUAGAAGCACAGGCAUACGUGAAUGACUUUGCUGUGUAUAAGGUUAAAGUAAUGAUUAUUGACCUGUCUGUCUAAAAUGCCAUGUUUUUAUUCCCCCAAUUAUAACAGUGGUAAAGCAUAAUUUAUUAUUUAUUUAUGAUAACACUAGCAGGUUUAAUUAUUUUUUUCUAGAGCUGCUGCAUAUUAUUAAUAUCUUUUGUUUUAAGAUGUUUACGUUGAAAGUUUGCACUUAAAUUACUUACCGCUUUUGUUCAAAACACCAGGAAAUACAGUAAUUGAAUUACUGCACUUUAUUGUUGUCUGUCACUGGAGUUUUAUUUUAUCAUCAAUCCCAUCCAACAAAAUGACGGUCAUAUAGUAAGCCUUUUUUUUUUUUUCAUAAAAAAUAAAACAUAACAUUUGUAUGAAAUUUUGUUGUUUAAUUUUGCUAUUAGAAAUGUGGUCUUUUUUUAUAUGUUUAAAAUACUGUACGAACACACGCAACAAAUGUUUACUAUCGUAUCGUUUUCACUCUGUAUCGAACUAUAUUGUUCUUAAACUGUAUCGAAUUUCUCGGCCUUAAAAAUGUAUCGUUUUUUAAUUGAAUCGUAACCUGUGUAUCUAGAUACAUAUCAAAUCGGCUUCAUGCCAGAGAUUCCCAACCCUAGUAUAUAUUAAAGAUGUCCCGAUCGAUCGGCGAUCGGGUCCGAUCACGUCAUUUUCAAAGUAUCGGAAUCGGCAUAAAA